UUUUAUUUUAAAAAAGGCUUGGAAAAUGCCCGAGAAUGUCAACAAUGCUCAACCAAAUUAUUCUUCUUUGCCUCCAACAACUUUACCUCAAACGGAAAAUAAAAAAUUGCUUAUUUUUGAGCCUUCCAUGCUUCUGUUUAUGUUUACUACUUUUGCCAAAUUUCCAGUUUUUCAAUCCAUUCUGUAUGAAAAAGCUUGUUUAGGCUCUGGCAGAUUUGACCAAAUUACCUGUCAAAAUGUUUCCGCUACCCAUGCCGAUUUGGAAUUACAGAAAGAGGCAAAUCAUUUAUUGUUUGUGUUUAUUUCUUCCUUCAAUUCCUUCUGCCUUGUUUCUCGGAACCAUGUUCGAUUCUUGGAGUUCUCGCAGAACCUUAUUUAUUCCUCUAAUAGGCCUUUUAUUUGCCGAUUUUAAUUAUAUUUUACAAUCAAUUUGUUUGGAAUGUUCUCCCUAUUUGUUAUUAUUUAGUGACUUAAUUUUUGGUUUUACUGGAGGAUUUACUUCGAUUAUAGGCCUUUUAUUUGCCUAUUCUGUUCGUGUAACGCCUACGACAUUUCGUCCCACAAGGAUGGCUUUGUUAGAAGGCAGUAUGGGACUGGGAGGAAUGUUUGGAUAUUUGCUAUCAGGCCAGCUUAGACACCUAAUUGGUUAUGCCUUAUUUUUCCUAUUUUUGACAAUUUUACACUUAAUUGUAUCAAUUCAAAUAAUAUUUUUCUGUAAAGAAUUAAUUAAUAAAAAUAUUACUACAACACAAGAAACAACAGAAACUACAACAAUCAGAAAUUCAACUUCUACAGAAAAUUUAAAUCAGAAUUCUGAAAAUUCAACAUCAAAUUUUUGUAUUUUAUGUCGUAAACGAUUUUUGGAUAUUUUACAAAUUUUUAAAGCUGAGAGGGAUGUUGAUAAACAAAAAUAUUUAAAUAUUGUUUUGGUUGCUCUCUUAGUAGAAUUUAUUAGUUUUUCUGGUUUAAUGGAUAUUUUAUUUUCGUUCUUCCGUUUUCAACUUAAAUGGACAGAUAAAGAAUAUGGCUGGUUUAAUGGAAUUGCUGUUGGUUCUGAUAGUUUUUGUGUAAAAAAUUUUUAAAAUAUAAUAAGAUGGUCGGACCUCACAUGGAACUACCUUAAAUUGCAGGUAGUGCUGAGACAUCCCUCUC